GCUUCCUUGCUCACAGCUCAUAAUAUCUCUUACUUAACCACACACACAAAAAUUUAUGAAUCUGCUGCUUAUUAAAUUUUCUUGAUCUGACAUUCCUAUGUCAAGCUCAAUUUUUUGCUAGAUUUUAGUUAAAGUUCGAAGCUUGUUGGUGUUAAAGAUGUUGGGUCGGUCUAGUUUAUCAAGAACAGCAAGUUUCCGGCCAGAGAAUCUCGGCCAAAAUGCGUUGGCUUUGAUUGGGAAUCUUUGCUUUGCUUUGUUUGUGAUUGGAGUUUUGAUUUUCACUAUCAUUGCUGCUACUUAUGAGCCUGAGGAUCCUCUUUUUCAUCCAUCUACAAAGAUUAAUGAUUAUCUCACAGAAACUUUGAAUGCCACCUUUAAAUCUGAUGAUUCGUUGGUGAAAACCGGGGAGGAUUUCAUGACGUCGAAUCAGACUGCGGUAUCGUCGAUUAUUAGUAUUUCUGAUAUCGAAGAAACCCCGGCUGUUCUUGUUACUGGUGGCGAUCCUGAUGCUAAUGCGGAAUCAACUGCAGAAUCGACUCCGGAGAAUUGUGUCGGUCCUAUAGAUUGUAAGGACCCCGAAGUGUUUCACCUGAUGAUGAGAAAAGCGAUUGAGUACUUUAAGGAUUUUCAUUUUUAUCGGUUUGGGAAACCGGUUCGCGGCGGUAAUGAUACUACUUGUGAUAUGGCGUGGCGGUUUAGACCUAAGGAUGGGAAGCGUGCGUCGUUUUAUAAGGAUUACCGGCGGUUUGAGGUAGUUAGGUCGGAAAACUGUACACUUAAUGUUGUGGGGGUUGGGGAAUAUCAUUCGGGUGUUAAUGCACGGAAGAGGAAGAAGAAUAAGAAUCAGGAAGGUGGGUUUGAAAAGACACGUCCCAAGAAAGAAAUGCAACCGUUGGUGCCUGAUAUAGGGAGCGAAGUGAAUGAUUCGCUUCCGGUGGUUGAAUCGGAGAAUUCAUUUAGUCAUGGGAAGUAUUUGAUUUACAACGGCGGUGGUGAUAGAUGUAAGAGUAUGAAUCAUUACUUGUGGAGUUUUCUAUGCGCAUUAGGUGAAGCACAGUACCUAAACCGAACAUUGGUUAUGGAUUUGACGAUAUGCUUGAAUUCAAUGUAUAGUUCUUCAAACCAAGACGAAGAAGGGAAAGAUUUCCGGUUUUAUUUUGAUUUUGAGCAUUUGAAGGAGGAGGCGUCGGUAUUGGAUCAGGCUCAGUUUUGGGAAGAUUGGGGCAAAUGGCACAAAAAGGAUAAAUUGGGUCUGUAUCUCGCGGAGGACUUUAGGGUUUAUACGCCUAUGAAGCUUCAAGACAUUAAAGAUACAUUGAUUAUGAGGAAGUUUGGAUCUGUGGAACCUGAUAAUUACUGGUAUAGAGUAUGUGAAGGAGAGACCGAGUCUGUUAUUCAACGACCAUGGCAUUUGAUAUGGAAAUCCAAAAGGUUGAUGGAUAUUGUUUCAGCAAUUGCUGCAAGAUUGAAUUGGGACUACGAUGCAGUUCACAUCGAGAGAGGAGAAAAGGCAGCUAACAGGGAGCUUUGGCCUAAUCUCGCCGCAGAUACAUCUCCUGACGCACUGCUUUCGACAUUGUCCGACAAGAUUGAAGACGGAAGGCAUGUUUAUAUCGCUACAAAUGAACCCGAGACAUCCUUCUUCGAUCCUUUGAAGGACAAGUACACGACCCAUUUUCUAGACGAGUACAAAGAUCUGUGGGAUGAGAACAACGAGUGGUUUUCAGAAACAACGAAGCUUAACAAAGGCGUUCCGGUUGAAUUCGACGGUUAUAUGAGGGUAUCUGUUGAUACGGAAGUGUUCUUAAGGGGCAAGAAGCAAAUUGAGACUUUCAAUGAUCUUACUAAUGAUUGCAAAGAUGGGAUUAACACGUGCAAUACUGCUGCCAGUUAGCGGCUAUACUCGAGUCGAUUUGAUGCUUUUCUGUUACUGUAAUUGUAGCCAUUAUCUGUGUUGCUUUGAGAAUUGUUAGUUUUUGUAGAAUUGGAUCGAAUUUUGUACUUUAGAAUCAUAUAAAACCAGUUCAUCACUGUUUCAUUACCAUUCUUGCUUCAAUGUAUUCUACACUAAGUGAUUUCUUGUUA